AUGACGCUCCAUGCUGAUGACGAAGCCCUCAUGUGUCGAAUAUUUCCAAGUAGCCUGGGACCACUAGCCGUGAAAUGGUACUAUAAACUAGAGUCGGCAUCGAUUCGGAACUUCCACCAACUCCAAAAGUCAUUUAGGGUGAGAUUCAUCAUUAAUGAGGUCCAGCCGAAGCAAGCCGACUCUCUCUGGGCUAUGCAAAUCAAACCGGAAGAUACUCUUCGCACAUACUGGGCCCGUUAUUGGGAGUGCUUUAAUCUGGUAAAUGAUGCUUACAAUGACUCUAUGGCCAUCACCGCCUUUAAGAUGGGAUUGCAUCCAAAUAGUCCCCUCCGCAGUUCAUUAACCAGGCGGCCGCCCAAAAUCGUCUGGGCAUUAAUGAAAAAGGUCGAAGAGUACUGCAAAGUUGAAAACGAUGCCCUGCGGGUUAAAGCCAGAUGUCAAACCGUUGAGGCGGCCACGUCAGGAAUUGUUCAGCCAAUUAGCGUCGUGCCAUCAAAAAGCCCAGAGCGGCGGAGCCAACCUAAACAAGAUAAAAGGCGUGAUACGCGCCGAUCACAUGAUCAUUGUUCACAUCGAGCUAAUGAACAUUAUCAAGUGGAUAACAGGUGCACAAGGCACUCAGGCAAGAAAUAUACAGAGCUAGCAGAGCCGAUCAGUAAGAUCCUGCCGAAAGUACAACAUCUUCCCUUCUUCAAGUGGCUGCCCAAGAUGAUGGGACCUUUCGAUGCGCGAAGACAAGAUAAACGGUGCGAAUAUCAUAAACACCAUGGUCACGACACCAAUAGUUGUUAUUCAUUGAAAGAUCACCUGGAAGAAUUGGUGCAACACGGUCGUCUUACGUAA